GAAGAGGGCGGGGCUGGGCAUCGAUCGCUCGGCGCUCCUCUAGGCUCUCGUCGCGAUCAGCCGAGUCGGGAAUGAUCGAUGCUCCCCGGUGUAGUUCGUGAGGACGAGAAGGCCGGGCGUGGAAUUUUCGCCCCGGCGGAACCAGUCGAUGCCAGCGAUGAGAAACACAGCCCCGUCCAAGAAUCAGAGAGAUACUGAAGACCAAUUGAGUCAUCCAGUCCUAUGGAUUGAACAACUACUGGAUUCUUGGAUUUUCCGUUCAUAGCCCCCCCGUUAUUGAACUAUCAGGACCACAGCCUAAACCCAGUGUUCCUCAUCACUCAACAUGAUGGGAAGCAGAGGAUGUCCUGUUCUAUCUGAGGUGGCUGGAACAGAUUGUCUGACACGUGUUGGGAGACGUAUGAAGAGAAGUUUCCUUGGCUCACAAUUCUGACAGCUGCAGAGUCCCAACAGCUGGCUACAGACAUCUGAUGAGGGCCACCGGCCACCAAGCUGUAUCACACAUUAGGUGCUGACCAUGUCAGAGGACACUAAGGGUCCUACCGAGCCCUUGGUAGGGCCUAGUACCCUCUGGAAGGACCUCAGGGUACUCCUGCCUGACACAGAGGAGGAGCUGAAGCUGGAGCUCAGUGAGAAGGUGGGCAGGAGCCUGACCAUGCUGCUACAGCAAGCUGUGGGGUUGUUCUAUGCAGGACAUUGGCAGGAGUGCCUGCAGGCCAGCGAGGUCAUCCUGGACUACUCCUGGGAGAAGCUCAACACUGGGCCCUGGCAAGAUGUGGACAAGGAAUGGCGCCGGGUGUACUCCUUCGGCUGCCUCCUGAAGGCCCUGUGCCUGUGCCGGGCUCCACAGAAGGCCACUGCAGUGGCUGAAGCAUUGCGGGUGUGUGACAUGGGCCUGUUGAUGGGGGCAGCCAUCCUUGGAGACAUCCUUCUCAAAGUUGUCACCGUCCUCCAGACACACCUGCUCCCAAGAAAGCAGCCUGCCUGUGGCCCCCACCAGGACGAGCCUGUUACCAAGAAGACGAGGUGUGAUGCCAACUCAGCUCCCGAUGUGGUGUUAGAGCGGGCAGUGCCCAGGCUUCGCUGUCCAACUCUGCAGUACUUCAGGAAGCACUUUCUAGUCCCUGGGAGGCCUGUGAUCUUGGAAGGUGUGGCUGACCACUGGCCAUGCAUGAAGAAGUGGAGUCUUCAGUACAUCCAGGAGGUUGCUGGCUGCCGCACUGUCCCUGUGGAAGUGGGUUCAAGGUACACAGAUGAAGAUUGGUCCCAGACCCUCAUGACCGUCAACGAGUUCAUCCACAAAUACAUCCUGAGUGAGGCAAAGGAUGUUGGGUACCUUGCUCAGCACCAGCUAUUCGACCAGAUCCCAGAGUUGAAACAGGACAUCAGCAUCCCCGAUUACUGUUGCCUGGGCAACGGGGAAGAGGAAGAGAUCACUAUCAAUGCCUGGUUUGGUCCCAAAGGAACUAUCUCCCCACUGCAUCAUGACCCCCAGCAGAACUUCCUGGUCCAGGUCUUAGGAAGGAAGUACAUCCGGCUGUAUUCCCCGCAAGAGUCUGAGGCAGUGUACCCUCAUGAGACACACCUUCUUCAUAACACCAGCCAGGUUGAUGUGGAGAACCCCAACCUAGACAAGUUCCCCAAGUUUGCUGAGGCCCCAUUCCUGUCCUGUAUCCUGUCCCCAGGAGAGACCCUCUUUAUACCUGCUAAGUAUUGGCAUUAUGUGCGUUCCCUGGACCUGAGUUUCUCAGUGAGCUUCUGGUGGUCGUAGCCAGAGCCAGGGUGCAAAGGACCCACUGGGCAGAUACCUCACCAAAGGAAGUGAGCCAGGUAGGAAGCCCUGGGUGCUGCUAGAGUCCACGAGUCCCGUUUCCCCAGAUACUCUCUGUAGGACGCGUUGUGUGCAGAGCUGCUGUGCGCACCCAGGUUAUGGAUCCCGAUUAUGGAUGCUCCUUUUCUUUGUAACAUACAUUUUUUCAAUAACAUGAAUAAAAAUAUUUUCUAA